AUGGGUCUUGUUCGUCUCCCGUCGCCGUCGACCGUGCUCAUCGGAUCUGUCGCUGCCCUCGCCGCGCGAGACGCGACCCUCCUCAAGAAGGUGUUUGUCGCGCUGCUCGUGCUGAACUGGAGGAAUCUGCCCCUUGCAUGGCACACCUCGUUUUGGUGGACCGUCCCCGAGCUGUACCUCAAGAUCUUCCGCAAGGGUCAUGACAAGGCGAUGGCGAUCGGGCGCUCGCCUUUCGAGGUCAAGACCGUCACGAAGGGGCAUGUCAGUUUCGCUGAUGCCGACUACAACGCUCACAUGUCCAACUCGUCCUACGCGAAGGUCAGCGACGCAGCACGGUUCCGUUUCCUCCUCGAACUCGUCGGUCCGGCCAUGGGCGAAGGGAUUUGGUCUCCGCUCGCCAGCACAAGCUACACGUUCUACCGCGAGAUCCCGCUCGGCGCAAAGUACGAGAUCGAGUGUCAUAUCGUUUCUUGGGACGAGAAAUGGAUCUACUACGUCUCGCGCUUCACCACCGCACCGAGGAAAGGCUCGAAGGAGCGCACGCUGAAUUGCGUCGCCUUCUCUCGAUCCUGCUUCAAGCUGCGCGGGUCUCGCCUCUCCAUCCCUCCCUCUCGCGUCCUCUCAAUCUCUGGCGUUGGUUCCGACCGCAGCAACUGGGCACGAACACUCAAGUUGCGAAAGGAGCGCAAGGUCGGCAAGUGGCUCGAGUACGGCGGCGCGCUGGUUGCGCAAAAGGCGGGCAAGUGGACGGGAGCGCUUCCUGCGGCGGGCGAGGGUUGGGAGGACGACGGUAUGAGCAUGUACGAGGAGCAGCGCUUGGCGAACCUCGCCAAGCUGGACAACAUCGGUGUCGUGCAGAAGGCGGGAGAGACGGCGGACUGGGUCGACCUCUAG